AUGGACAUAAAUUCACCAAAGCGCCGUAAGCUUAAAAGAACUUUGACCGAUAUGCUCCCUACAAAAGGUAAAGGCAAAGAAACAUAUAUGAUGACAAGUCAAAAUGGCUGGGAAUCCAAGAAAAUCCCCAUGGAGAUUUUCAACCUCAUCAUCGCGCACCUCCCUCGAUCUACCAUACAAAGCAUGCGACUAGUCAAUCAUGAGUUCGAAGCGAAUGUUUCUGGAUAUUUAUUCAAAUAUGCAGUGGUUCCAUUUCGGCCAGAGAUUUAUGGCAUCACUUCCGAGCCUUCCACUUGCCAGAGUUCAAUUAUGCUACAGGACAAGGGCAUGCGUAUUUUUCAAGGUUUUGGUCGUCACAUAAAACACUUUGCUAUGUCUUUCGAAGUUGAUGUCACAAAGUUGACCAGACCUCCUGUAAAACAUGAUCAUGAUACUAUCACCACUUUCUGGGGUUCCUACAAAUGGCCAUUCCAAAAGUACAAUAGAUAUGCACAAUUGGAAGGUCUUGAACAGAAGGCUGAUGAAACUCGAACCAUGACAAAGGCAUUUCAAUAUCUUGAAACGGCCGAAGAGCUUGGCCUAUCUAUUGAUGGAGGAUUGGGAUGGUUAGCUGGACCAGAUAUCAAUCACAGAGUUGUUCAGCGCGGUGAGAAAGCUGUAGUGUUUGGAGCAUCGAGAUUCGUGCCAGAACCCAAGCCAAAGCAAAGUGUACGAGCUUCACGCCGUGAUUAUCGAUCAUUUCGAACAGAAUUUCCUACCGGGACACGUUCAAUUAUUCAACGAAUGUUACAGGAAGUGGGAUAUCGUAACGAUCUCUUGGAUCGGUCUCUUGAUGAUUCUCGCACUGAUGAGGGUCAGGCAGGGUCAGCUCUUAGAAAUGCGAGCACCAUGACACUGCAGGGACGAGGACGUCGUCAUGCGCCCACCCUCCCUUACACUGACUUUGAAGAAGGUCUUGCUCGUAUGCUCGGAGAUCAUUUCAGAAAUGGCGCUUCUGCAGUAACGGAAGAUGAUGACGACGAUGAUGAUGACGGAGGUCCAGUUGCAGAUGAAGAUAGAGUCUCAUCUGAAGACGAAGAUGAGAGCGGUGGCCAAGGCGAAGGCGGUCCUGCUACCGUAUCUGCUUUGACCGGUGCUGAUGUACUUAUCUCCCUUGCUAACGAUACUGCGGGAAAUGAUGACGACGAUAACGACGACUGGGCUAUGGGAAGCAGGCAAAAGCCUAAUCACCAUCCUCUAAAGCCGAACGAGCUUACUGGUGCACAAAAGGAAAUGCUACUUGAACUCGAAUGGGCUCAACGAGCAUUCAUGCAAACCUUUACCAUCGCCGUCAUCGACAAUCCAAUCACAUUUAUCGACGUUAAGAAACUUACCAUUGCACGCUUGCCCAACACACACUUACCGAACCUUGUCCGCGAUGAUUUCUGGAAUAGUCUACCAAGCUUGGAUUUUCUAUCGCUAGGCGUUAUUCCUGAUUGGCGUGAGCUUAUCAAACUCCCUACCAGCUGGGUUCAGGAUAACAGAUUGCUUCCAUCUAAGGCUGUCAUCGGUGUCUUUCAACUUCUUCUCAAGCAAAUCUCUCAACGUAAGAAUAUCAAGUCCUUACAUUUUGAAUGGAUUUGUGGCGGAGAGUAUGCUCCCGGUCUCUUCUGCCGGAACCAACAUGUGCUUGCUGCUCCUGUAGUAUCAGAGUCGAUUAAUAUGGUCAACAGAGUUGGGGAGAAAGAGGCCUUAUCACUUCCUUUCAUCCAAAAUCUGUCGUUGAAGAAUUGUUGGUUUAGUCCACAUAUCUUCAUGAAAUUUAUUGAACAGCUCAAGGGGGGCGACCUUCAACGCCUAACCCUCGAUUCAGUUUCGUUAACUGCCUCUAUUCGCCCUGGAGCGCAUCCAACUCCACAUGCGAAUAAUGCCUUGCACCAGCAAAAUGCUUUAGCACAAGCUAUGGCUGCAAACAUGGGCAUUGUCAACCCCUUUGCACCUCACGCUUGGAUGCCUGCGGGAUUUGCGGGACAGCCAGCACCUGCAUUACCAACGCCUGCGGUGCCAGUAGUCGUCAACAACCUAAAUGCCCAACCAGACUGGCUCAAUGAACCUCGCAAUGGUUCCUGGGCUUACGUCAUUGACCAAUUGACACCCGGUAGCAGACUGAUAGACUUGCGUCAAGGUGAGGAAGUUAGUAAUGAACCUGAACCUACAGAGCAAAGUGAUCUCAAAAAGCUCGUUUUCAAGUCUUGUGGAUAUAUUCGACUUCCUUUUAACUUUGAUCAAUCGGCACUCAAUGAUAAUUUUAAUCAGCGAGCAUCCUCACCUCCUGGAGUUACAAAGAGAAUCAAUGACUAUGAGAGUAUGAUGAUGAAGUCAGGCGAUAGUUUGCUCGGUUUAAUCACAAACACGAUGAGCAAUCUCGAAAUGAGGACUCUUGAGAAUGCCUGGAACAUGACUCUUGGUUGGGGUCCACCCAAUUCGCAGCAAAUCGUCGAAGCAAAGCAUGAUGGAAUCACGCGCGCAGGCUCUGGAAGAUCUUUAAAUUCAAGCUUUUCGACGGGUACGAAUUGUAAUCUUGGUGUCGGCAUAGCAACCGUGGCUGCUGGUUUUGCACUACAACUAAAACUACAACGACAACGACAACCACAACCACAACUUCAACAAUUAUGUCGUAUGUCACCAAGGAAGAAGAUUUACCAAAGGAGUAUGAGAGAGAUAUCAUCAGUAACAGGUGAAGAAGUUCUUGAAGAGAGCUAUCUUUCAGCUCGCGAGGAACGUGCACAGGCUCUACAAGAUGAAUACUUUCAAGGCGCAGGAUGGGACAAAAAUGUAGGCGAUUGA